CUUUUACUUUUUUUACUUUUUCACUUCUUAUUUUUUUUCCCAUGUCUAAUAAAAUUGAAAUUCAAGCUGUCAAAAAUUCAAAUGAAUGGAUUGGUUUAAUUGAAGAUGCUAUUUCUAAAAAAAAUUUAGAAUGUUACGAUUACAAACAUUUUCAUAAUAUUCAAAAAAUUGGAAAUGGGGCCUUCGGAAAAAUUUAUCGUGCAGAAAAAAAAAACUCGGAUCAAUACUUUGCGUUAAAAUCUUUUUUUAACCUUGAUAACGAUACUGUAAAAGAAAUUAUUCAUGAGCUUGAACUACAACGUGAAAAGGACUUAAAUAACAAUGUUAUUCGUUUAUGUGGGAUUACAGAAAAAGAAUGUCAACCCGAUCAUUUAAAGAAAUAUUUAUUAGUAAUGGAGUAUGCUGAUAGUCCUCUUCGAAAUUAUUUAAAAGAAAACUUUAAAAAUCUUACUCUAGAACAUAAAUACAAGCUAGCUUACCAGUUAGCCAAUGCUGUAUCUUGCUUACAUGAGAAAGGAAUUGUACAUUGUAACUUGCAUUCCGGAAAUGUUUUAGUUCAUCAAGGUACUGUUAAAUUAGCCGACUUUGGUUUAUCAAAAAGAAUCAAGGAGGCAACCAAAAAACAACGAGCAGACUUAUUUGGUAUCGCGCCUUAUAUCGAUCCAAAAAAGUUCAUCAGUAAUGAUAAUCACAUGAAACCAAAUGAAAAAUGUGAUGUUUACAGUGUUGGAGUGCUUCUAUGGGAGAUAUCGAGCGGUCAACCACCAUUUAAAAAUGAAUUAUAUGAUGCUAGCUUAAUUAUGAGAAUUGUAAAUGGUUAUAGAGAAAAUAUCGUUCCAGAUACUCCUCUUGAUUAUUCGAAUCUUUAUAUCGAAUGUUGGAAUGAUAAUCCAGAUAAAAGGCCAUUUAUGAAUCAAGUAGUCGUUAAAUUAGAAUCGAUAAAAGAAACCAGACAAAAACUCAAUUCUUAUUAUAAUAAAAGCGUUGAUAAUUUGGUUGAUUUUAUUUCUAAGGAGUUAAACGAAGAAAAAGAAGGAAAAAUAAGAAAGAAACAUGUUCUUGAUUUUAUUAAAAAUCUCAACAUAAGUUCUAAUGAGAUCUAUAAUUGGCUUUUAUAUAAUCAAGAUACUUCGAAUUCAAAUUAUUUGCUUGGGUAUUUAUAUUAUAACGGAAUUGGAAUUGAUUGCGAUAAACAAAAGGCGUUUGAUUUAUAUCAAGAAGCAGCAAAGUCAGAAAAUAUCGUAGCUCAAUUUGAUCUUGCCAAUAUGUAUAGAGAAGAUACUCAUAAAAAUUAUACUAAAGCUUUUAAGUUAUUCGAGAAAUUAGCGGGAAAAAGAUAUCCAAGUGGAAUAAGUAUGUUAGGGUAUUGUUAUAGUUUGGGAAUUGGAACUGAUGUUAAUAAACAAAAGGCGUUUGAGUUAUUCCAAAAAGCAGCAAAUUUAGGGAACGUUAUAGCUCAAUAUAAUCUUCUUGUUUUAUAUGAAAAUGGAGAGGGCGUUGACAAAGAUCUUAACAAAGCAUUUGAAUUCUCUAAAAUGUUAGCAGAGAGAGGAGACGCAAUGGGAAUAAAUAAAUUAGGUUAUUUUUAUGAAAAUGGAAUUGGAACUGAUGUUAAUAUGCAAAUGGCAUUUGAAUCAUAUCAAAAAGCAGCAAAUUUAGGAAGUAGUUAUGCUCAAUAUAAUCUUGCUUUGAUGUAUGAAAAUGGAAUGGGGAUUCAAAAAGAUAUGAAUCAAGCAAUUUCUUGGUACAAAAAAUCUGCUGAACAAGGAGAUCAAGAUGCACAAGAUAAACUUAAAGAAUUUUCGGAGAGAAUGAUUUAUAUAUAAUUCAAUUUUUUAUGAUAAUGUAAAUUAGUAUUUAUUAUAACAAUUAUUGUAAAUUUAACAUUUUAUUGUAUUUAUAACAUUUGUAUAUGUUUAUAUCAAUUUUAUUAUAUUAAUAAACAACAUUCAUAAGAUUAUUUAUUCAUUCAACGUCAAUGUGACAUUUACGGGUGGCGAAAGUAGUCUGAAAUU